CGCCGACUCGCGCGGUCAGUUCUCGAGUUGCGAGUGCGAGUGUCAGUGAUGUGAGAGUGUGAUUAUAACAUUGCAGCUGUCAUACGUCCACUUGCCAUAAACACUAAAAAUGGAGCAAGUAAAAACAGAUUUGAUGCGAGUUGUAAUGGUAUUCAGUGAAUGACAAGAUUUAUGGAGUGCGUGGCAGGCUUUUGGAGCAGCAAAGUGGAAGAGGAGAGCUCAGCAACGGAGUCAUGGAGCUCGGGAGAGUACUCCCACCACCCUCCCAUCAUGAAGAGCCCGUCCAGAGGCGGCGUGGAAGAGGUCGUCGACGGGAGUAUGGGAGAACUCACUCCGCACUUCAGUCGGGGUUCCUACCGCAAGUACAUGAACCAGCUGAUCAGAGGAAACUCGGAUACGGAGAUCAGCAACGACAAGCCGUUCAUGCUGGCGGACAGAGAACGGCCCAAGUCCGCAGUGUUCGUUCAGGACCAGUUACGCCGCGCUCAGCACGACAUCGGCACCGCCAACCUUGCCCGCAGCAAGGUGCUGGACGGCUCCAACGACACCAUUCACAACUCCGAGGAGAAUGUUUUCGCGAGUGGUAAUAACAAGGAUGUUUUCAGUCCGGCCCGUAGAGCGAUGUGUAGUUGGAGCGGGCGCCGCAAGAGUGCAUCCACCUACAGUGAUAUGACCGCCUCCACUGAGACGCUGGUGGGUCGCGAUGACAGUUGGGAUGACAGCGCGAGCGCGCCCGACGCGUGUACCGGCCGUGUAAGUGUAGCGCAGUGCGAGUGUCAGUGUAAGUGUCCGAGUGGCGCAUGUGAGCCCGCGGCCGCGGUGGACGACGUCCUGCAGGGCUCCUCACGUCAGCGGCGAACCGGGGUCGUGACUGCCAGUGGACUGCCCGCUUCCACCUCCUCGAGGGUUGAAGCCCUUAUACAGCGUUAUACACAGCUCAUCCAACAACAUAUGGAGAAAUCCGCGACCAAGUCACAGAGGAAAGCUGUAAGAUCGUCCCUGCCUAAUUUGGAGACGGGCGUCUCAAACAAAUUUGACUGCUUGAAAAAGGAUAAACUUAGUAGAAAAUUGAGAAAGUUUAGUCUAUCGUUUGAAAAAGAAACCACAGAAAUGGGAGCCUCUCAAUCGAGCUCCUCGGCGACAUCUCCGACAUAUUUAGCGUUACCGACAUUCCGGAAAAGCAAGAAGAGAUUGAGCACGAGUCCCAGUAGUCUCUCUGACGAGGGAUGUUCUCUGGCUGCUGCUGGCUCCUCGGAAAGUCCUGCAAGUCCCUUGAGUAGUGAUGAUGGCCGGGAAUGGUCUUCGGCCGUGACGGGAGAAGAUGCCCUCAGCAGAUGUCUCAGCUCGGACUCCGCCGUCGAAUGCGUCGACAUAAGUGACGACGAAGAACAGAGACUCGGAGCAGAAAUCGUGGAAAAGGCGGGAUCGAUUUCUUCUACAGAGAGCUUGAACAGGGAAGUGACUGACGAUGUGGCAAGUAGCAGUAAGACCUAUUUGUUGAACGAAGUUGUAUCCGGGGACAGAAACGACAUAGAACUGAGGAGUGACCGUUGGUUUAUUGAGCACUAUGGAAGUUCCGUGCUGGAGAGGCUAAACGAUCGGGGAAAGACCGACACGUGGGUGGCAGACAUGGGAGAGGUGAACUUGGACCGCAGGAUGAGUGAGGUGGACAGUAUUGAGGGGAUAGAUCCGGGCCAGGAAAGGAGGGAGUCCAACCUGAGUUGUUUUACGGAUGACGAUGAACACCCGGGUUAUCGAUACUUCCGUACUCCUUCUGUCGUAGUAAGUGAUCAUUCUGACGACCCUGCAUUUGCGUCCUCUUCUAUUACCCUUGAAGAAAUCGAGCGAUUCCGCCAGGAGUACGCUGAGAGACAGAACUCCAUAGGGGACUCGUCGUCUGACUGCAGUGUGACUAGCUCGUGGAGUAAUGUGUACUCGACGAUUAGUGCAUUAGACGCGGAGUUUGUACUGAGAACCCCGGAGAGGAAGGCAUCUGACUGUAGUUCCUGCAGCACACUCAGCGGCGACGAAGAUCCGGCUUGUGAGCAAGUCUUACAGGACGUGAAGACUUUUAAUAAGGUAUGAGCACUGUUUGCAGAAAACAUCACUAUAGAAGUAAGUAAAAGAAGUAUUAUAUUACUUAUAUACUAUAGUAGCUAGCGUAAGACAGUUAUACAAAUAUCACCAGGUUAUGAAACAACAAAUCAAUAACCAUCAUACAACUUUAGAUCGCGUUUCGUUAACGUUUGAAAGCGUCAACAGGACCACAUGCACAAUACUUUUUAUUCGUUGAAACAAAGGUAUUUAAACAAUAUGAUAUCGAAGUUUGGAAUAAGUUGAAGUUUACAUGUCUAAAAACACAUAAAAUUAUAACAAAUAUAAUAAUUUAGUAAAUUUGAAAUUAUUGCAUUUAACUGUAUAUAUCGUAUUAACACAUUACGUGUAAUGUAGCUCCUUUUGAUAUGUUGAUCCUUUAUGUUUUAAACUAUACAUUGAUGAAUCAGAUAUAAUCAUUUGUUAAUACUAUAGCAUCCAAUUAAACCAUGGAGUCAUACAAACCUAUAUUCGACUCGUUCGAAUUUUGCAACACCCGCACUAACCUGAUUAGCUGAUUGGCCACAUAUGAACUACGCAUCUUGAUACAAGCGUGUACAAUUUUAAGAAAUAGUGGUUUAAUACGACUUUACAAUAGAAAAAAAUAACCAAUACAUUUUGUUUAUAAGAAUAUAUUUAAUUACUUCAAAGAAUCAUUUGCGAACAAUGGUUUUAGCUACGACUGGGUAUUGAAGAAAGAUUUCAUUGAGUUUUAUCGCAUUACCGCUUCUGAACACUCUUAUAAUUCAAACACUUACGUACCCUUAUUUGUUUAG